UCACAGACUUGAAGACAGUGUUGUGACUCUCCCGUGAGUUAAGAGCACCAGCUGAGUCAGACAGAUCCGAGUGACAAGCACAGCUUCACCCUCUCCGCUGUGAGGGCCAAGAUUUUCUUGCCAUUUGGGCUUCAGCACGACUCCUUGAUCUCAUCACUUUAGGGACUCUUUCUAGACGAUCUUGAUCUUGUGGCCAUGGCCGACAUGUCGAUACCUUUAAGCUCACUCCGAUUCAACAGUAUGCUGAGGGAGGAAAAUGUCGAGCCCCAGAACAGGGGGACGACCUUCUCUGGACCAAUAAUAGAGACCAGAGCAGAGGUCCAGAUCUUACAGUCUCAAGUACAGCCUACAGUCUCCACAUCAGCGUCAGACCCCGGAGGGAUGUCUGCACAGUUGAUGACAUCCCCAGCCUUUGACACCAUGUCUGCACCUCUGAUGGGAGCAUCAAACGCUGGAGCACUGUCCCCAUCACUGAUGCCAGCCUCGGACUCCGGGGCACUGUCCCCAUUGCUCAUGCCAGCUUCUGACGCGGAAGUGCUGUCCCCCUUGCUCAUGCCAGCCUCAGAUUCUGGAACACUCUCCCCAUUGCUGUCCACUUCAGACUAUGGAUUAAUGUCCCCGGGGCUGAUGACAAUUCCCGACUUUGGAACAAUGUCCACAGCAUUAAUGACCACACCACAUUCUGCAGAGAUAUCACCAUUGGCGAUGCCAGCUUCAUCCUCUGGAGCGAUGUCUGCACCGAUAAUGAACACUCCAGUCUCUGAAGCGAUGUCCACACCCUUGAUGCUGGCCCCAGAUUCUGGAGAGAUAUCUCCACUCCUAAUGCCAGAUAUAAAUCCUGGAGUGAUGUCCACACAGCAGCCAAUGCCAGCUCCAAGCUCUGAAGUAAUGUCACCAUUGCAAAUUACUGAUGAAGACACUGAAGCAAUGUCUAAAGUCCUAAUGACUGCUCUGGCCUCUGGAGAGAUAUCUUCGCUGCUAAUGUCAGGCACAGACUCUGAAGCCUUAUCCUCACUGAUAAUGUCAGCCCUCGCUUCGGAAACAACGUCAACCCAGCCAAUGAGCACCCAAGACUCUGGGGAAAUCUCCACCCAGCUAAUGUCUGGCACAGAUCCCGGAGUAGGGUCUUCACCGAUAAUGUCAGCGCCAGGUUCUGGAGCAAUGUCUGCAUCAGUCCUGGCGGUCCCAGAUGCCGGAGAGGUGUCCACAUUGCCUAAGGUAGCUCCAGACACUGAAGCCAUGUCCCCACUGAUCAUGACAGCCUUAACUUCGGGAGUGAUGCCCAGCCAGCUGAUGUCAGCCCAAGACUCUGGAGUGAUGCCCCCACCAUUAACACAAAAUCUAGACCCUCAAAUCAUGUCUACUCCAGCAAUGAGAGCAGCAGCCACUGGAGGGAUGUCUGGAGGGAUGUCUGCAGGACCGACGAGAGCCUCAGACCCGAGAGCGAGGUCCAUACCACGAAUGAAAGCUCUAGCCUCUGGCAAUAUGCCAGCACUGCUAAAGCCAGUCCCAGACUCUCCAGCCAUGUCUGCUCCACUAAUGACAGACACAACCUCUGGAGCCAUGUCCACGGAGCAAAUGUCAACCGCGGCCUCUAGAGUGAUGUCCACACAGUUAACCAUGGCCAGAACUUCUGGAGUGGUGUCUACAGGCUUAACGAAAGCCACAGCUGGUGGGGCAAUGUCCACGCCGCGAAUGAGACCCCCAGCCUCUGCCAUGAUGUCCACGCCACUAAGGAGAGCCCCAGCCUCUAUGGCUAUGUCCACACAGCCAAUGACAGUCCAAGCCUCUGAAACAAUGUCCAUGCUACAACUGUCUGCCCCAGCCUCUGGACCUAUGUCCACACUGCCAAUGAGAGCCCCUGUCUCUGGAGCGAUGUCUGUGCCACAGAGAAGAGCCACAGCCUCGGGAGUGACAGCUGUGCCACAAAUGAGAGCCUCAGCCUCUGGAGCAAUGUCCACCACACUGAUGACGGCCAAAGCCUCUGGAGACAUGUCACCACUGCUAAUGAGAGACACAGCCUCAGGAGUGAUGUCCUUGCCACAAAUGAGAGCUACGGCCUCGGGAACAGUGUCCAAGCCACUAACGACAUCCAAAGCCUCAGAAGCAAUGUACAUGCAGCAAAUGACAACCACAGCUUCUGGAGACAUCUCCACAGUGCUAAUGAGAGACACCGCUUCUGGAGUUAGGUCCAUGCGGCAGAUGACAGACACGGCCUCUGCGGGGAUGUCCACACCACUAAUGAGAGCCCCGGCCUCUGGAGACAUGUCCACACCACAAAUGACAGCUGCAGCUUCUGGAAAUAUGGCCAUGCCUCUAAUGGGAGCCCCAGGCCCUGGAGCGAUGCCCACAGCAUUAAUGAGAGCCACAGCCUCUGGAAAGAUGCCCGGUCAGCCAAUGAGCACCCACGACUCUGGAGGGAUGUCCAUGUCCUUCAUGAGAUCCAUGACCUCUGGAGGGGUCUCCCCACUGCAGAUGCAAACCCGAGCCUCAGAAAUGAUGUCCACACCCAAAAUGAGAGCCCCAGCCACUGGGGUGCUGCCCACACCACUAAUGAGAGCCCCAGACCCUGGAGAGAUGUCUGCACCGCUCACCCGAGCUUCAUCCUCUGGAGAGAUGUCCCCACCACUUAUGAGACCCCCAGUUUCUGGAGAGAUGGCCACAUCUCUGAGAGUCCCAGUGUAUGGGGCAAUGUCUACUCCACAAAUAACAGCUUCAGUCCCUGGAAUGAUGCCCAUGCCACAAAUGAUGGCUCCAGUCCCUGGAGCCAUGUCCACACCCCUGAUGAGAUCCACAGCCUGUGAAGCGAUGUCCAUGCCUCAAAUGAUAGCCACGGCCUCUGGAGGGGUGUCCCUGCCACUGAUGAGAAGCCCAGCCUCUGGAGCAAUGUCUGCACCGCAAAUAAUGCCCGCAGCUUCCAGAGAGAUGUGCACACUAUCGAUGAGAGCUCCAGCCUCUGGGAUAAUGUCCCCGCCACUGGUAAGAGCCCCAGUCUCUGGAAUCGUGUCCGUACCACUAAGGAGACCUUCAGCCUCCGAAGCUGUAUCUGCAGAAAUAUUGAGAGGUCCAGCCUCUGGAAAGAUGGCCCCUGCACAAAUGACAGCUAUGGCCUCUGGAGGGAUGUCCAAGCCAUUAACGAGAGCCACAGACCCUGGAACUAUGCCCAUGCCAUUGAUGUCAGCCAUGGCUUCUGGAGACAUGUCUGUGCCGCUAAUGAAAAGCAUGGCCUCUGGGACAGGGUUCACACUCCAAACAAGAGUCACGAGUUCUGGAUCUACGUCCUUGCCACAAACCACAUACGCAACUUCCAGAGGGAUGCCUGUGCCGCCAAUGAGAGCCUCAGGUUCUGGAAUGAUGUCCACGCCAAUUCUGAGAGCCACAGCGCCUGGAGGGAUGUCUGUGCCACCAGUGAGGGGCCCAGUCCCGGGAGCCCUGUCCACGCCCCAGAUGGCAGCCACAGCCUCCGGAGUGAUGACCACUCUGGAAAUCAAAGCCAUGGAUUCUGGAGAAACCUCUGCCUCUCACAUCAAUGUCACAGCAUCUGGAUCAAAGUCCAUACCCCACACAACUGCCACAACAGCCGAAACAAGGAAGCCAACACCACAGGAAGUCCCAUCCUUUGGCAUGUUGACCCCAGCACUCUGUUACCUCUUAGAAGAGCAGGAGGCAGCCCGGGGCUCAUGCUCUGUGGAGGAGGAGAUGGAGGUCGAUGAGGAGAAGCAAAUGAAGGGCUUUUUGAAUGACUCUGAGAAAAUGGCAUUUCUGGUGUCCCUUCAUCUGGGGGCAGCAGAGAGGUGGUCCAUCUUGCAGAUGGAGGUAGGCAACCCCCUCUCCGAUGAAAACAGAUCUUUCCUGAGCAGAUCACAGGGCUUAUAUGACUCCCUGUCCGAGAUAGACAUCCUCAGUGCCGUUCUUUGCCAUCCCAAGCAGGGCCAGAAGUCAGUCAGGCAGUACGCCACUGACUUCCUGCUGCUGGCCCGACAUUUGUCUUGGUCUGAUGCCAUUCUACGGACCAGGUUUCUGGAAGGACUCUCAGAAGCCGUUACCACCAAAAUGGGCCGGAUCUUCCUGAAGGUGGCUGGCAGCCUAAAGGAGCUGAUAGACAGGUCCCUGUACACCGAGUGCCAGCUGGCCGAGGAGGAUUCCCCGGGCAGCUCCGGCCAGGUUCUGCUGUCAGCCUGUAAGCGGAAUAAUGAGGAGGCAAUGGAGAAUGAACUGAACUCCUAUCAGCAGACUGAAGAGCACCAGCAUGUUCCCAAACGCUGUUACUACCUGAAAGAGCAUGGAGACCCUCAAGAGGGUCUGCAUGACCACCUUCGACAGAGCACAGGCCAUCACAAGGCCCCCACCAACAAGUAAUGCUUUCUGGAAUCUUCUCCUGUGAUGUCUGACUCCGCUGCUAACUUGAGGACUGGUUCCUGGACCCAUUCCAUUCAGUUACAUCAUAAACCUUGUGGCCUUCCUCCUUCAGCCUCCCCGCUCCAAGCACAAUCCCCCAGCCCCUUGUAACUUCCUGAUGUCUGACUUGACCUUCUCUUUUACCCCACAUGCCUAUGACCUGUCCUGACAAUCAGAAGUGUGGACUUUGAGAGUGUUUGGUGUAUGAGGUUCUGAACUCCUAUUGCCGUCAAGACCAGUCCUAAUUCCUGGUCGAGAGAAAAGUCUAGGCAGGAUAAACCAUGUCCUACCUCCAAAACACCUUAGAGUGUCUUGCCAUGUGUCAUCAGGCAAACGUAAGGAAGACCUGGUCCUAUUUCACCGGGCAGGGGAGCCUGUAAAGAGAGUGAUGCCCACU